UCUCUCACACACACACACACAUAUAUAUAUAUAUAUACUUUGUCUACCUCUCAUCUCAAAUCCAGACACAAUAUCAUCAUCGUUAUUCUUCUUACAACUAAUGAAGAUGCAUAAAAAUUGCGACUUGGAACUUCGUCUUUUUCCUACUUCUUCUUAUAAAUCCGAUUCAAAUACUUCUGUGGUAGAAUCAAGAAGCUCACAACUAAAGGAAGAAUCUCAAAGAAUAACAAUUUUUUACAAUGGACAAAUGUGUGUUUCUUCAGAUGUUACCAAGCUUCAGGCUAAAUCGAUUAUAUCGAUCGCGAGCAGAGAAAUGGAAGAGAGGUCAUCCCGAUUUUAUAAUCAGCUUUCAACUAAUCCAAAGGCUUCUAUGAAAAAAUCUCUCCAAAGUUUUCUUCAGAAACGGAAAAUUCGAAUUCAAGCCACUUCACCUUACCAUCAGCAUUCACGACGAUAGAGUUUAUUUUAUUUGUUAGUAGUUUUUUUUAUUAUGUUUUUAGUAAUCCAAACUAGAAUUCAAUUUUAUUAUGUUU